GUGUUCAGAGCGGCAGGAUGACAGCUGAACGACUCGUAAAGGUACAGCGACGCAGUCGGUAACGUUAACAAUCAUCACAAACUCCCGGUUUAAAGAGAAGGACCGACAGCUUUCACCGUGUGGCGCGUUUUUCUACCAACCGGCGGAAGUGUUUGAGUUUAUAACAGGACGGUAACCGGUAACCUUGCGGAUAUUUGUGGUUCUUUUUCACACCAAAGAGAGGAGGAAAAAGAUCCGUGUCCGGAUGUGCCAGCAGUGUUGUUUUUUUUUCGCAUGGCGUAGGCACCUUUUCUAAAGCAGGAUAUUCUUCAUAUGUUGGAGGGUCGGAGGAGGCCCUCGGGUCGACAGCUUGCAUUAAACUACACCUCCAAAAAUUACCCCAAUUAAGUGUGGAAAUGAUCAACGACAUGAUUGUGCAAUAAGAGAGGAAGAAGAAGCGUCGUAACACGUCUCGACUACCUCUCAGUGUUGUGACUGUGGAGAGAGAGCGAAGAGAAGUCACCGGGAAUACGUUGUGUUUUUGUUUCCUGCUGCUCGUAAACCCCAACAAACGACGUCUGUUUGAGCUCUUACAAGAGACACGAAAAGAGGGGAUAUUAGUGUCCUUGUCUUGUGUUGUGUGAGUGAGUGUGAACCCCUGCGAGGACCGGGAAAACCUUCACGAUGACGGGCAGCAGCAGCACCCCAGCGGACAUGAUAAACCUGCGGCUUAUUUUAGUCAGCGGGAAGACGAAAGAAUUCCUCUUCUCGCCCAAUGACUCGGCAGCGGACAUCGCCAAACACGUCUAUGACAACUGGCCGAUGGACUGGGAGGAAGAGCAGGUCAGCAGUCCUAACAUCCUGAGGCUGAUCUACCAGGGCCGGUUUCUACACGGCAACGUAACACUAGGAGCUCUCAAACUGCCCUUGGGGAAGACCACAGUGAUGCAUUUAGUUGCCAGAGAGACUUUGCCUGAGCCAAAUUCCCAAGGUCAGAGGAAUAGAGAGAAGACCGGGGAGAGUAACUGCUGUGUCAUUCUGUAAAUACACACCACCGCCGCCGGCCCUCCAUCCUUCUCAUCCGUUCUCGCAUCCUGGACCUAAUGAGCCUGUCCCCCUGUCCUGGAGUCUGUCCACAAUGCGGAUAUGCAUACAGACAAACACACACACACACACACACACACACACACACACACACACACACACACACACACACACACACACACACUUCUAUUUUUCUUUUUUUUCCUCCCCUCUCUCUCUCUCUCUCUCUCUCUCUCUCACACACACACAGAGAAAGACAUCAGGCUCGGGCUGAUUCAGGACACAGAGUUGGGAGCAGGAAAUUGAUUAAAUGAUAGAGUUGAUUCCUUUGUUGUACUUGAUUUGUUGUCAUAACUGAAAAUUAGUGGAAGGAACUGGAUUUGCAUGUGUUUUUCUUUUUUUUUUUCUUAAUGCACAUCUUUUGAAGCCUUCUGCCACACACACACACACACAUACAAUAGACAUACACACCGUAACCAUCCUCAGCAGGUCUGUUAAAAGCUCCUCAUUCUAGCUGGUUGUCAUAGUAAUGCAGUGCCCAAGUUUGUGUGUGUGGCCUUGUUUUCUCAUACGGACCGCUGAGAAAUUUUAACCACUAGGAACUCGCCAACAUACCAACACACACUAUGACAUCCUGUCUACCAACCAUAUGUGCUUGUGUGAUCUCCCUCGGUGCAGCAGACGAAGCUUAGACGUGCCUGAUCAGACAACUCAAACCAGGACACACACACACACACACACAUAUAUAUAUAUAUAAAUAUAUAUAGAAAACACACCUGUGUCCUUUUUACUGCCCUCCUCUGCAUGUGCCCUUAAAGGUCACAAGAGAGAAAUUAUUCCUUUGUGUCUGCAGAGCGCUGCAGAGACCGAACACGUCCUGCUCUUUCAGUCGUCACAUUCUUAGCCAAACGAAGCCUAACAGACACACAAAUAGACAAACAACCAAGUGUUGUUUUGGUUAUUUGAUGACAUUUGUGACUGUGUUUUGACAGUCCGCGCAUAUUAUACUGACCGACCAGUGUUGUGAUUAAUAAAACGUCAGUUUUCUUCCCUCCCUGAUGCACCAUCCCGCUCCCUCUCUCUUCGAGGAAAGGCUCAUUGUGCCCCUUUUUUUAAAAAACAGUGUUGCGGAGGAUUGCUCUGACAAAUUGCUGUCCAAGCGGGGAAAUUAACUCGGAAUGAAAAAUGUCCCUUAUUUGUCUUAAUUAGCUUCUCCUUAAUUCUCUCUCUCUCUCUCUCUCUCUGCAUUAAUAAGUCCAUUUUGCACAACCGAAGCAUGUGCUCCUUCAUCAGAUUAAUAAAUAAAAAUGUAUAUUAUUGUUUUAUUUUAUAUUUUUCCAAUGGGAGUAAUGUUCCAAAACCAAGGUAACGUGUAGAAUAUAUUUAAUAUGAAUCUUCUAUAGAACAUGAUGACUCUAGAUCUUGUUGAUAUACAGUAUAUCGGUGUUUAGUCUAUGAUUGUGUCUACGGUUAGCUUCUAGCCAGUUCACAGUCACUCGCUGACAAUGUCUUGUGCUUAACAGCAGCAAAACCUCCCUAAUCAUCAACAGACUGUAUUUCUAUUUUUCUUUCUUUUGUGCUCUUUUAUUAUCAUUUUUUUCAUUUGUUUAUAAUUUAAUGUAAUCUUUAUUUUCUUUGUGGUUUUUUGCUUUAAAAAGAAUUGCUUUGUAACAGCACUAGGUCUUAAAAAAAAAAUAUUGUUUAUAUUGAUCAGGGUUCAAAUCUGUACAGAGAUAAACGUUUUCAAACCAAUUGUAAAUAGCACUAAUGCUCCCUCUCCCCCCUCCAGACUUCAAAAUGGAAUACAUCUGUAAACUAAAUAAAGGUUAUUGAAGUGCAA